AUGGUUCCACCCAUUACUUCUCGUAAUCGAGAUGAUUUAAUCGCUCGUCUUGAAAUUUUACGUGCAAAACCACAAACAAGACAACUUCGAUCCGAUUCACAAUCUUAUCGUCCUUCAACCAACACUUCUUCGCGCAUCACAACAUCAUCAACCACAUCCUCCAUUCGUCCUGCUCCUAGUCGUUUAAUUGACUUGAGUGAUUCCGAAACAGAAACCGCUUCCGGUGAUCAUGUGUAUUCUCGUUCAAUUCUCGUUCGUCAGAAAUCUCCAAUUAGUCAGAAACGUUCAGCUCAAGUUCGUCAACCCUAUGAUCAUAGUUUAACUUCUGAUCAACAAAAAUCUUCUACAACGUCGAGUAUCACUCAUGAUGUGGAACAAUCCAUUGCUAAACAUCGACGUGAAAUACAACAACUCCUAGAAUCAGCCAAAGAUCGUACUCGAAUGUUAGCACCAUUAGCAACAAAUGAAACACCGACUCGUACCAAUAGUACUUAUUCUAAUUCUCAACAACAAUCUCAAUCACAACAAUAUCAACAUAAAACAGAUGACAAUUCAUCUGAUAGAAAAGUAAAGAAAACGUACAAAGAAGCUCCAUGGGUGACAGCACAAUUUAAAGAAUCCUGGAAAUCAUUAAAAAACCUGUGGAAACAAUACAAACAUGUAAUUAAGAAUAUAUUCAAAGCAUUAUUGAUUGGAACACUAAUCGGUGGUUUACUAAUAUUUUUAAGACAAAAAGGGACGGGUCUUAUUCCAUAUAGGAAAGGCAUUACAUGCUCAGUCGAAAACGCUACCUAUUGUUCUGACAUGGAACCAAUGGUUGCCGAUGUUCGACGUCAUUUACAAAUACGUCAUGGUGAAGUUGACUGUGGUUUUCGUCCAAUAAGUGAUAUUCGAGUUGUGAAACCUGAAAUAGAUAAAUAUCUUGAUCAACGUAAUUAUAAAUUUGAACUUGGGGUUCAAGAGCGAUGGAAAUCAUUGAUCGCGUAUAUCAUCGAAAAACCAGUUGAUGAUAUUCUAGUGUAUGACAAAUUCAAUAAUAAACUAAAUGUUACGCAUGAUUUGACUACGGCAUUUAAAUUAAGCACACCUGAAGCUAUUCGUUCAAUAUCGUGUCGAGCAAAAAAAGGCGUCAAUUCAGCAUUACAGAACAUAGUAUGGUUAUUGACAGGUACAUUGGGAUUAGUUAGUCUAGUAUGGCUAGUUAAACGACGUUCAAAACAACAAACAGAAGAGGAACACACUUACAAUGGAUUCAUUCAAAAAAUUCUUUACAUGCUCGAGGAUCAAUACGAAACCCACGUACAUGACUCAAAUGCUAAACCAUUUCUAGCUAUUAGCCAUAUUCAUGAUAUUCUAAUUCCUCCAAAAGAUCGAAAACGUUUGAAAUCGUUAUGGGAACGUAUUAAAGCACAUAUGUCAAACGAUGAAUCUCGUGUUCGUCAUGAAUCACAAUUAAUUCAUGGUGAAGAAUUUGAUGUUUGGAGAUGGAUACAACCAUUGUCACCAACAACAAAACGAAAAGACUAUCAGCGAUCAAUGCAUAAUGAUUCUCCAAAGAGUGGUGGUAGCGGGGGAAAUGAUAGUUAUAUUUACAUGCCAAAUGAUUUGGGACUUACAGAAUGUUUAAAAUUAAGAAAUUUUUUCCGUUCAGAUAGGAUGCCUAACGAUAACGAAAUUGAUAAUACUGUUGCAAAUAUCCAAGAGCGUUGCUCAAACAUCAGAUCUAUUGAACAUAUUGGCAUAAAUUCGGGAUUUGUCUAUAUUAAAUUUGGUUCAAAAGAAGCAGCAGCACAAGGCUAUCAGCUACUUAAUAAAUGGAUUUAUCAAGGUCGAGAAAUUUUGGCAAAGUAUUUACGACCUGAACGUUAUUAUGUACAUUUUCCUGAAGCAGCGCAAUCACUGCGUAAAUAG